AUGUGCGAGAUUAAGAUUCUUCAUGUCCCCAUCUUCCCAGUCAAGAUCAAUGCAGACCUCCCCCAACACCGGCAGAACUUCAACCGAUCUGCCGUAUUCUUCUUGGAUGAUGAUAUCGUCCUCAAGAUGCAGAUCCAAAAUCGAGUUGCUGAUGUCGACCUCCCAUCAAAGCGAUUGCUGCUUGAUCUCUCCUUAGGCAGUUUCAUCUCCCAUAACCUCGAGCGGGAUAUCUUUUCUAGACUGAAGAACACGCCGCAUCCCAACUUGGUCCGCGAGCUUGAAGUCGGCGAGCCCUACAUUGCCUUUUUCGAGCGCCUGUCUCCCCUGAUGACUGUCUGGGGAGGUGCCGACAUGCCUCGUCGGCGUCGCUGGGCUAUGGAGCUUGUCUCGGCUUUUGCACAUCUCGGAAACAUGGGCCUUGUACCGCAGAUUCGUGUUCAGGAUCUCGGUACUGACCGAACAGGCCGACUCAAGUUGGUCGGUUUUGGCUCGUCGCCUCGCACACCGUCGGCCGAGGAAAUCGCGCAGUAUGAAGCAGACGCCAACAAGGUAGGGAACAACAACCCCGGCGAGUACUACCAAAGAGUCAUGCAACAGGCACACCAGCGUCUUGCCUGCUGUCUACACUACAUUCUCAGCGGGAUCGACCCAGACCAGGAAGCUUAUGCCAUUACGACUCCGCAAGAGCGCACAAGCUUCAGAGAGAAAACCCGUCGAGGGGCCUACCCAAUCGCCCCGGCCGCGUCUGUCCUACAGGGCGUUCUCCAAGAAGCCUGGAUGUUGAAGUCAGCGGCACAACCUUUUUCCGAGGUUGCAGACAAGAUUCGAUUUGCUUUCGAAGGCUUGGAGGUCGAACAAGAAGCAGAUCUUCCCGCCCGCCUCCCUGAAGAUCACUAUCGGUCUCUUGAGGAGAGAUGCCGAGAGUGGAUGAGGGCUCAAGAGCAAGACUCGCAGUGGAUGGGACUUCAGGAAUAUGAAGCGGCUUGCGAGCAAGUAGGCUGCUAG